AUCAUUAGCCAUCUUUAUUAUGAAGAUUUCAUCUAAAAAUAUUAAGAAUAUAAUUUCUUAAUUUCAUCUAAUGAGAAAUAAAAUUCUUUCGAAUCGAUACGGACCAACAUAAUGUGAAAACGAUAUCUCGUUAUAUCUACUCUCGACAGUCGACUUGGUAAAUAUGCCGGUGAUUUACACAACACUGUGUAUUUUUUCAGUGUUUUCGUGCUCGAUAUAAAAAAAAGGAAACAUUAUGGAAACUGUUCGACCGUGUGGCUGCAAAGGAAUACGCUCUUGCUUAAUUUGCGAGGCUAAAUACAAGAUAUCGAAGCCGGAUCUGAAGGAAAUAUUACAGAAAAGCAAAUCUUAUGUUUAUUGCCCAUAUUGUGAUAAAUUAUCACCUGGAUGGGAUGUAGACGAGUACAAAAAACAUCCUCAUCAUGAUGGAAAUUUAAUUGAUUAUCCUGGUGUUUAUAUCAAGUUAAAUUUCUUAAAUGAAGAUGAGGCUAAGAAACUGAUGGAAGCACUCGAUUAUCUCCCUUGGCAAACUUCACAGAGUGGUAGAAGAAAACAGAAUUUUGGACCAAAAUGUAAUUUUAAAAAGCGAAAGUUACGAUUAGGAGUAUUUGACGGUUUUCCUAAAACAACACAGUUUGUACAGAGUAAAUUUCAAGAAAUACCACUGCUACAUGGUUUUAGAACUAUCGAGCAAUGUUCGCUUGAAUAUGAUCCCGAACGAGGUGCCUCUAUUGAUCCUCACAUCGACGAUUGCUGGAUUUGGGGAGAACGUAUAGUGACUGUUAAUGUUCUCGGAGAUGCUGUGUUAACAAUGACUCCUUAUCAUGGUCCAAUAACACGAUACAACUUAGACUGUGUUUCAAGAUACAAUUCCAUCCUAGAAAAAGGCAUUUGUAAUAACACACAAAUUGAUAUUGAUGAUAACAUGGUAGUACGAUUGCCGAUGCCUGCCAGGUCACUCAUGAUUUUAUAUGGUCCAGCAAGAUAUCAGUGGGAACAUUCCGUUCUUCGACAAGAUGUCGCAUCGAGGCGCGUUUGUCUCGCAUAUCGUGAAUUAACGCCACCAUAUCUUGAGAAUGGGGAACAUCAUGAAGAAGCUUCUAAGAUUUUGAGGCAAGCUUUAUUCUUCUGGUGAUAUUGCUAUGAAAUAGAUUUAAAUAAUAAAUUUAUCAAAUAUAUUUUUUUUCGUUUGACGGAAUAAAUAUAUAUGUAAAUACCAUUUAAGUAGAACAAAGAUAUUUUAUUCAUAACACAAAAAUGUAAUAUAUUAAUAGUAUUUAAUAGAUAUCAAUAUCUUUUACAGUAAUCUUUGUAUAAUUUGAAAAGAAGUGUGCGUGUUCUAUUAUUAUUCAAUAAGUAAUUCAUACUUGAAAAUAAUACUUUUUCUCUUAUAGCACACACAAACAUUCUUAAUUAUCUCUAUAGUAUAAAUUUAAAAUUAAUUUGAAAUCAUGAAAUUUGAAUUUAAAUUAAAAAAUUUCGCAACAUCUAAUUAUUAAAUACAUAUUAUUUAAAACAGAUAUUAAUUGGACUGUUUAUUUAGUUAUAAG